AUGGUCCUUCAGCGUGAACCACACCGUGCUAGAGUUUGGGGUUGGGCUUCUCCCACAAUCAAUGUUACGGCUCAGUUGGAUGACAAACUAGUUGCCUUUGGCAUUGCCAACGCUAGGGGGAAUUGGAAGAUUGAAUUACCACCUCAAUCGGCAGGUGCAGGUCAUACAUUGACCAUUUCGGAUGGCUCAUCCACUAUUGUUCUAAAAGAUAUCGCCUUUGGAGAUGUCUUUUUGUGUUCCGGACAAUCCAACAUGCAAUUGAGCGUCCAAGGAGCCAUGAAUGCGGAUGCAGAAAUUGCAGAUUCCAUUCAUUAUCCCAAUCUACGACUAGCCACAGUCACCCAAACCACAUCGGGAGUCCCAGAACAGAAUGCGAGAUCCGCAUCGACCAACUACACUUGGGCGAGAUCUAGUCCAGAGGCCUUUCAGAAUCACGGAAGAAUAAGCUUUUCGUACUAUUCCGCUACUUGCUACUUUUUUGGUCGAGAUCUAUACAAACGUCUGGGAGGCAAAAUUCCCAUUGGUCUCGUGACUAGUUGUUGGGGAGGACAACGAGUCGAAGCCUUUUCUUCUCCAGACGCACUGGCGGAUGCAUCCUGUGGUGGAACUGUACUAGAUUCUCCCACCAGUGAAAGCGACUACUUGGCGGAGACAAGUACAACGUCUUCAUUCGACUCGACAAACACGCUACUCGAGAGCAAUUUCAUGGGCGAUGAUGAUGGUGAUGAUUUCUACAACAAUGACUUGAUGGACGGUGUUCCAAAAACGUCACUGUGGUAUGGCAUGAUUUCUCCCCUGCUUCCGAUGAGGUUUGCCGGAGCUGUUUGGUAUCAGGGUGAGUCGAAUGCAGACAAUGCAACCUCAUAUGCCUGUCGCUUCCCAGCCAUGAUUGCAGACUGGAGACGCAAGUUUGAACUUGAGAAACUACCAUUUUACUACGUCGAGUUGGCAGGGUACAAACCAGGUGUCACUUGGCCCUAUCUUCGUGCCGCCCAACGUGCUGCCUUGCAGCUGGAUCAAGUAAGCUUUGCUACGGCGAUGGACCUUGCAGAUCCAUCGUCUCCAAAUGGUGCAAUUCAUCCGAGGCGGAAGCAAGAGGUUGGACGUCGGCUUUCGCUCAGUGCCCUAGCAACACAGUAUCAGAAGAACGACAUCGAUAACAAAGGACCCCAAAUUGAAUCGUUCGAACAGGAUGGAAGCAAUGGAAGAGUGUUGCUAAAGUUCAGUGAAGAUACGGCUGCUACAUUACAUCUCCAAGGGUCGGCGGAUUGUGGUAUUUGUUGCUCCAUCCCUCCAUUCGAAAUCAUGGACGCUACUGGAAACUGGACAAGAGUCGCUCGGUCACGAGUAGAACGACCAAUGAGUGUAGCACUGGAGCAAAUACCCAAGGGUAUUAGAGUCCUAGGAAUUCGCUAUGCAUGGGAGGCAUAUCCACAAUGUAUACUCUACAAUGGCAAAGGUGGACCCGAUGACCAUGAGGGCUUGCCUGCUACUCCAUUUGAGACAUGCUUGUAUCCUUCGAAGGAGGGGUCCUGGACAGGUAGGCGGUGUAGAACAUCAGCACCAGAGGUCGCUGUAUCGUUGGAGAUUGAGAAGUAA